GCUGAGUCUCAUUGCCUUCACCUUUCGGAAACCCUCUCAAAACAAGUUGCUACCAUGGCUGCUAUUAAAAAAGAGGAGCAAAAGGCUGCUAUUAAAAAAGAGGAGCAAGUGGCUGCCCCUGAUACAGAGGAGCAAGUAUUGUUGAAACUUUUGGUGAACAAAGAGACCAACAAAGUCUUAAUUGCUGAAGCAGGGAAAGACUUUGUCGAUGUUCUAUUUAGUUUCUUAACAUUGCCAUUAGGAACUAUUGCAAGACUCAUAGAGAAGGACUCAAAGAAGGGACCAGUUAGCAUUGGUUGUCUGAACAAACUUUAUCAAGGUGCAAUAGAUCUCGAUGAAGAAUAUAUGCAGACUGAGACAAGCAAAGAAAUGAUAUUGCACCCGAAGAACUCUUCUGAAGAUUAUUGCAUCAAUCUUAAACUUAACAUUGAUGACAUUAAGCCUACAAAGUACUUCAUAUGUUGCAGGUUUGAUUGUCAAUGCAUACAACAGAAAAAUUUAUACACUUCUACAGACAAAAACUGUGUGUAUGGAAAACCUUUGAGUCGUUCAACUUUCUUGACACAUUUUGGGAGAGGAUUUGUUAAAGAACGUGCAGCUUUUGUUAUUACUGAUGAUCUAAUUGUCAUGCCGAACUCAGAAUUCACAGGGCUAAGCAUGCUUCAGAAUUCUGGAAUAAAAAACACAAGUUCAAUAACGGAAAUGACUAUAAACCUCACUAAGGAAAAGGUACUCGAUCUUUUAAAGUGUGCAUUGCUCUCCAAGUCUACUCUGACAGAUUUGUUUCUAAAAAAGAAACCAUUGAUCCAGAGGUCAAGUGUUUUCUCUUGUGAUGCUGUCAUCAAGAAAAAUAUCAAGAUCAUCCUUAAGUUAGUUUUUCGAAAAUCAAAUGGCAAGAUAUUGUUUGCUCAAGGAGAAAAAGAUUUUGUUGACUUACUUUUAAGUUUUCUCACAUUUCCUUUGGGUGGAGUUGUUCGCGUAUUAGGAGGGAAUUGCUCUUUGGGUAACAUUGAUUUUCUGUACAAGAGCAUAGUUGAUUUGCAUGCAAACACAUUUUUGACAAAAGAAGCAAAGAAGAGGCUUGUUGAUCCACACUUGGCACCCCAGUUCAACAAAUUAAGCAAGCAGAUAUUACCUAUUCAAAAGCUACGCUCACAUUAUUAUUACUAUAAUAGGUUCCUAGGUUUGGGUAAUAGCAUUAUUCAGAAUCAAUUUUUCAUUACUGAUGAAAAUAUGAACAAUGAAUAUGCAGAUUAUGUGAGAACUGAUAGAGAGGUGAACCUAGUUAGUAGUAAUCCCAAAUCACCUAAGGCAAGUGAUAAUGGUUAUGUAAAAGCAGAGGGACACAGAAAGUAUGUGGUUACAGAUGAUUUGCACAUUGCAACGUCUUCUCCAAUUUCAAAUUUAUUUUUAAUCAACAAUUUCAAAGUCCCUCUUCAUGAUGUGAAGGAAAAGCUUGUCACCAUUGGCUGCAACGAGUGUCUGAGCAUAUUAAAGGCAUCUUUGUCGUCAUCAUCGGCUCUAACAAAUGGUCUUCGUCACUUGUUAACCAAUGUUAAAGGGGAAAACUGAUAAGUUUCAAAGUUGUGUUCUGUGUUUAAGAUAUUUUCAUGCUGAAAGUUAAUUGCAUGGACCGCAUUUUUAGAUUUACUUUUUUCUGUUAUUUCAA